AUGGUUGAGCGCGGAGCAGAUCCGACCGCCCAGAGUGAAGACUACGGCGAUGCUCUCUACGACGCGGCAGACCAUGGAGAUCUAAUUCAAGUCAGACAGUUACUUGAACGUGGAGCAGAUCCGAAUAAGCAGGGUGUAUUCUACGGCAAUGCUCUUGAAGCAGCGGCCCAACAUAGUGAGUCUCUGGAGAUAGUGAAGUUGUUGCUUGAGCAUGGAGCAGAUCCGAAUAAACAGGGUGGAAGCUUCGGCAAUGCUCUUCAAGCAGCAGCGUAUAGUGGUUCUCUGGAGAUAGUGAAGUUGUUGCUUAAGCGUGGAGCAGAUCCGAAUAAACAAAGAGGUGGAGACUUCGGCAAUGCUCUUCAAGCAGCAGCGUAUGGUGGUUCUCUGGAGAUAGUGAAGUUGUUGCUUGAGCGUGGAGCAGAUCCGAAUAAGCAGGGUGGAUACUAUGGAAUCUCUCAUCGCAGCAGCGUAUGGUGGUUCUCUGGAGAUAGUGAAGUUGUUGCUUGA